AUGCUGGAAUUGAACCUAACUGAGGCUAUUUUAUCCCUUUAUAAUUCAUUUUUAAAAUUUGAAAGCAGCAAUCUAAACCUUGGAUGGAAACUAUGUGGAAUUUGGCAAGAAUCAGAGAUUGCAUCUGUUGUUAAAGCUCACUGUCCUCGUGAUGCUUUCUCUGUCAGGGAAGCAGGUGCCAAAUCAUAUACACCACAAAUUGGAGAGCAAGUCCAUGUGAAGGGACUGGGAGGUAAGUUAGCUACUGUAGUUGAAGCACCUGAGGGUGAUGAAACUGUCCUAGUACAACAUGGUAAAAUGAAGGUCCGUUUAAAGAAAAGCAACAUCAUAUCUAUUGCAAGUAACGAAAGAAGUGCAACUAGUUCUGCCCCGCGUCUGAAACGGCAGGGUCGGCGGAGCAACGAGCUCCAGUAUCGGCCAAAAGCCGAAAAAGAUGAGGAGGUUCCUUAUGGUCCAGUGGUGCAAACAUCAAAGAACACAGUGGAUUUACGUGGUAUGCGAGUAGAACAAGCUUCUCACCAACUCGACAUGGCCAUCUCUGCAAGCGGGCAGUAUUCGGUUCUCUUUGUGAUACAUGGGAUGGGCACUGGGGCUGUUAAGGAGCGUGCAAUUGAGAUGUUAAACAAUCAUCCACGAGUAGCCAAGUAUGAGCAGGAAAGUCCAUUGAAUUAUGGUUGUACAGUUGCUUAUAUCAAGUGAAACCUUACUGGCUUGGUCCAAUGAUGUAUAUAUAUACAUGGGUUAAACCAAUUUACAAUCGGCAAUCUUAUUUCAUUAAUUAUACUGU